AGAUUCAAACCGGUCGCGAGGACAAAAUAAACACCGGCGAGGACUUACUUGUGAAUUACUGUUCGAAUCGUCGAUUUUGUCUGUUUCCAUCAUCAUCGAUGAAGCGAAUCGUGUACACCUCACUGUCGCAAUUUUUACUAUCACUGCCACAUUAUUUCACUUAAAAGUAAUAAAACAAUCGUAAAACACUAGAGAGACUAAUUACAAUUUCGCUUUGCUGCCACAAUAACUGAACAAUAUAAAGGAACAAACAACCAAAGCUUACAAGCCCAUUUCACUUGUAGAAUGGGCAAAAAAAUAGCUUACCAUUCUGGCAAUGAGUCUAGGGAUAAAACCAAAAACCCUGUCUCGCUAAAGCGCCAAGUUUGAAUCAGACACACUUACGUAAGAUUUUUGCCAAAAAUGACGCAACUUGAGAAUUUUGUUCAAAAUGGUAAAAAAAUCAUCGGUGUAGCUGCAAAUUAUAAGUCGUUGGUAAAAAUACUCCAAAAACCGAUUCCAGAAACCCCUAAUAUUUUUCUAAAACCCACAACUUCUUACAUUACCGAAAAGCAGAAAAUAAUAAUACCUCAAGGUUUUUCCGUCAAUGAAGAAGUCGAAUUGGGUGUGAUUAUCGGUAAAAAUGGAAAAUUUAUUACAGAAAGUCAAGCAAUGAAUCAUGUUGGUGGCUACUGUGUUGCUCUCGAUAUGACGGCCACUUGUCGCAUGAAAGAAGCCAGAAGUAAGGGUGGUUCUUGGACUCUGGGGAAAGGUUUUGAUACCGCAUGUCCUGUUAGUAGAUUUAUACCAAAGAGUGCGAUUGAGGAUCCUCACAAUAACUUAAAUCUUUGGUGUAAAGUUAAUGGGGAACUUAGGCAAAAUGGAAACACAAAUGAUUUAAUUUUCUCCAUACCAAAAUUAAUUUCUUUCAUAUCACAAUAUAUCACAUUAGAAAAUAAUGAUUUAAUAAUCACGGGGUCCCCACCAGGAAUGGGUCCUGUUUACCCAGGUGACAUUAUUGAGGGUGGAAUUGACAAUAUUAUAAACAUUAAGUACAGUGUGUCUAACUAAUUAAAAUAAUAAAUAAAUUACUAAUCUACACUAGUAAUACUUUUUGGAAAAUACAGUUUAAAACAUAAGUAAGACACCACAGUCCCUAUUAAGCCUCCUGCUAUAAUAUCUGAAACAAAUUAAUUUAUAACAAAAUCGUAAAUUAGUUUUUGCUGAUAACCUUCAUAGUGGUGGUGAUAAUCACAUGUUCUACUAACAGCAAUUGUAGCGGCAAUGAUUAAUGGUACUAUGCAAAUACAAAGUUGCCAGGAUUGUCCUUUAAUAUUCCCUUGAUAUAAAUUAAAUUUUCUUGUAAUGUAUAGACUCAUGAACACCAUACAAGUAAAUGAAAAUGAGGAGUGUCCACUAGGAAAGCUCUUUCUACCAUCCAUGUAACUUUUCCUAAUCCCAUUACAGUUUCUGUAAUCUGUACCUUUACCAUCAGGGAAGCACCGGUAAUAAAAAUCUGGCCUGGGUCUGCCAACAA